AUGAUCAGUUUGACAGAUAGUCAUUGGCCGUUUCCUGCCGUAGUGACAUCGGCUGCCUUCAAGUCUUGUCUGCCACAUGUGAAUCUGGCUCUUGAGGAGCUUCAGUAUCCCCAGUCUGCUGGCUUCAAUCUCACCGAUCCUACACACCCUUUUCUGCCGUUCGGCCCCCCUCCGCCCCGGACCUGGUCAAAUGAAGGUGUGGUGAAGAUGAGUGAUGAUGCGAUCAGAGGCGUGGGUUACAGUGAUCUCACAUUUGCUUCGCUUCGCCCUCCCACCCCCUCUACCGCCUCAGCAACCGCCAGUCUCCACGACAAUUCGGGUUUUACAUGUCCGGCACUGUCGACCACGAUCCCAUCACCACCGGUCUUUUCGCUGCCAGCCUGCUCGUCAUCUGUUAGCAUCUACGCCUCGUCACCGUCGGUCGGUACGCCACAGCAACCAGUUGCCAUGGCUUUGGCCAAUAUGCUUCGAGCUCAGCCUCCACAGGCCCAUGCUUUCGCCCAACAACAGCAGCAGCAGCAACAGCAAGACCCAACACCAGCCCUUCAUCCGAUCGAAUGUUCUUCGUCAAGGCCUGGCCUCUUCAACCUGCCCGGCAGUCAUGUUCCUGCCACAUCUUCCCUGCAUUCUCCGUUCGCCUCGUCGUCAUCGCCGUCUCCGGCCCACCUCUUCAUGCCCCACUUCUGGCAAGCCGGUUUUCCCAGAUCCAAUAUCCUCGGAGGCCCUCUGUCUUUGCUCCAGGGUCCCCUCACCGUCAGGCCUCAGGGUUCCGUGGCGAACAUGGCCGUCUGGCCGGACGUUAUUCAAUCGGGGGCCGGCUUGAAAUGUGAACCGUCGAGUGGGAGUGGGCUUCAUCGUGACUGGCUGAACCCUGUACCGACUGGACCAGCUGGACUCGUCCGGCCGGUUGAUUGUAGAGGCGAGAAACGACGCUCAACCGCCACAGCGGCUCGAUCCACACCGAGAUCGGCCAGUUUCACUUCGGCUUGCCAAACAUACAAACAGUCACGACUUCGAGCGACCCCAACAACCCUGACAACCACGACGAACCCGACAAACCCGACGACCCCGACAAUCCCGACAACCCCGACGACGUCGACGAUCCCGAUCACCCCACGGGCAUCACCCUCGACGGGAGUUCAGAACAGCACAAGUCCCUCCACCGCCUCGUCAGGCGGCAGCAAUCAGGGCACCAGUUUGCCUCCCCUCCGAAGCUCUUCUGCCUACCAACACGUCCAGUCGAGAAGGACGUCUGGUGCUGUCAGAGCAAGGCAGCAGACUCAGGGUCGGCCCGGCAGAGUCUCGCAAUCUCGACGUCCGUCGGACAAGUGGCCCAGGCGGAAUGGCUGUGCCGAAAGAGGCUCAAAGCAACCGGAGUUGAGACGAAAUGUAUGGAAUGGCCUCGAAAAGAGGGAUCCGACAAUGGAGUCAGGUGGAGACGAGGUGUGCGAUUCCGGUGGGGAAGAGUCGAACGACGAGCUGGAGCAGCAGCAGCAGGAAGAGGGGGAGGAGGAGGAGGAGGAGGAUGAGGAGGAAGAGGAGGAUGGGGCGGCGGUAAGGGAAGAGAUUGGGCGAAAAGAAGAGAAUUCCGACGCGGAAGAGGCGGAGGGCAAAGACGAAGAGAUGGAAGAAGAAGAGGAGGAUGACGAUGAUGAUGAUGAUGGUGACUCAGGCUCGCGGAAUGGGCAGAGUGUUGAGUGCGUUGUCUGUGGGGACAAAAGCAGCGGAAAGCACUAUGGCCAAUACACAUGUGAAGGAUGUAAGAGCUUUUUUAAGCGCUCCGUUCGCCGCAAGUUGACUUACACAUGUCGAGGCAACCGGCAGUGCCCCAUCGAUGUGCAUCAUCGUAAUCAAUGCCAAUAUUGCCGGUUUCAGAAGUGCCUCCAGACAGGAAUGCGCAAGGAAGGUAAGCAAGCUGGUUAA